CAGAGAGAAGCGUCCGCCACCCGGAAGUACACAGUAAGUUCAUUGAUUUCACUUUCACAAUGAGUUCUCAGUGUUUAAUCCUCCAAAACAUGGGCAGACUUUUGUUCCAGGUGGUAAAACAUGGCUCACGCGGACUGCAGAGGUGUUUUAAUCCGCCACUUUUGGUUAAACGAUUCCACACGGACCCGGUUUUGAGAUGCACGCGCGCAGAAGAGUGGCGGAGGUCAUAUUACAUCACCACCCCGAUCUUCUACGUGAACGCGUCUCCUCACAUCGGCCAUGUUUACUCCGCUGUGACCGCAGACUGUUUACACAGAUACAAGCUCCUGCAGGGCGUGAACUCCAGGUUUGCUACAGGCACCGAUGAACACGGGCUGAAAAUCCAACAGGCGGCUCACACAGCUGGUAAAGAGCCGCUGCGUUUCUGCACAGAGGUAUCCGAGACGUUUCAGGACGUGUUCAGGAGCUGCAACAUCGCCUACACGGACUUCAUACGGACGACGGAGGACAGACACAGACGGGCAGUGGAACAUUUCUGGGCCAAGCUGCUCGAUAACGGCUUCAUCUACAGAGGCUCGUACGAAGGCUGGUACUCCACACCAGACGAGAGCUUUCUCGCAGCCAGCCAGGUGACCAAGAGCACAGACUCCACAGGCAGAGAGAUCAAAAUCUCCACCGAGAGCGGACAUCAGGUGGAGUGGAUGAAGGAGCACAACUAUCUGUUCCGUCUCUCCGAUUUCCGGACCAGUCUCCAGGAGUGGCUCAGGUCAAACCCCAAAGCCGUUCAGCCGGAGAAGUUUUACCAUCUUGUCCUUCAGUGGUUGGAGAGCGAGCUCCCCGAUUUAUCAGUAUCGCGUCAGAGAAACCGCCUGCAGUGGGGCAUUCCGGUUCCUGGAGAUCCUGAACAGACCAUCUACGUGUGGCUGGACGCUUUGGUGAACUACCUGACCGUUGCGGGUUAUCCAGAGAAAUAUUCGCAGUGGUGGAACGUCGUCCAUCACGUCGUCGGCAAAGAUAUUUUGAAGUUUCACGCUAUAUAUUGGCCGGCGUUUCUCUUGGCCGCCGAACUGCCCCUUCCUCAGGCCAUAUACGUGCACUCCCAUUGGACGGUGCAAGGAAAGAAGAUGUCCAAGAGUCUCGGAAACGUCAUAGAUCCUCUCGAGAGCUCGCAACGGUUCACAGUAGACGGGCUGAGGUACUUCCUUCUCAGGCAAGGGGUUCCAGAUAUCGACUGCGACUACGACGAUGACAAGGUGGUCAAGUUGUGUAAUAGCGAACUGGCCGAUUCUCUCGGCGGUCUCCUCAACCGCUGCACCGCACCCUCACUCAACCCGGAGCAGGUUUAUCCUUCGUUCUGCAACGUCUCGUUUCCUAAAGACUCCACCGGGAGAGCCGUGUCUGAGGAUUACAAAAUGGCGGAGGCCGUUUCAGGGCUUCCUGCUUUGGUGAAGCAAAACUUUGACAACCUGCAUGUGUAUAAAGCGCUGGAAGCCAUCAGCGCGUGCGUACGUCUGACCAACAGCUUCGUCCAAAGACAUGCGCCGUGGAAGCUUGACUGCACCGACGCCAAGGAUAAACUCUGGCACGACACCAUACUACACGUGUGUACGGAGUGCCUGAGGAUCUACGGCAUCCUCCUGCAGCCUGCUGUGCCGGUGGUGGCAGAUAAAAUCCUGUCCAGGCUGGGGGUCAGGUCUGACGAAAGGAGCUGGGAUAAUGCACUCGAUUUCCUGGCAAAGUACGAAGGACGAGAUUGUCCUUAUGAAGGAAGAGCGCUAGGUCCAGACACCGGGGUGCUUUACAGUCGUAUUGAGAGGAACAAAGUGACCCAGAAAGCAGAAAAUUGACCAAAUAUAUGAAAAGACGAGGUCAAAGUCAUGAUUCUAAUACCUUGCCAUACAUUUACAAGAAAAAUAUAUCCUUAUAUAGUAUUGUAAAAGUUUAAAAACUUGAAUAACCUGCACAAGACGUGGCACAAGUUACCAAGAAGGCUGUUUCUGAUUCUAAGUUCAUGAGAAUAUUUUUGCUGUAUGGAGUGUGUUAUGAUGAUUGUCGUAGUGCGGUGUGUGAGUUCAGUCAUGAUGCCUUCCUACUGUUAUUAUACUGUACUUUUAUAUUUUUUUUUUGAGUGCACUUCUCAGAAUCUGGGACAAGAUCUAAAAAUUGACAUGAUUUUUUUUAAUGAGAAUACACGAAACUGAAAAAUUGUACAAAGUAAAAUAAAAAAAA